ACCGGGCUGGCAGAGGCAAUUGAAAACUGGGACUUUAGCAAACUGGAAAAACUGGACAUGCACCGAGAGCUGCUGAAGCGGAUAGAAGCAACAAUGAUAGAAGUUGACCCUGUAGCCCUCAUGCCUUACAUAAACACAUGUCUGAUAGAAAGGGAUUGUGAGGAGAUCCUGCAGAUUAGUGAAUAUAGAAGCAAAGCAGCUGGGAUAACGAAACUCAUUGAAUGUCUCUGUCGAUCCGAUAAAGAAAACUGGCCUAAAAGUCUUCAGCUGGCACUAGAUAACACUGGAUAUUAUAGUGCAAGUGAACUGUGGGAUGCGAGAGAAGAUAGUUGCACAGAAGCUUAUAGUGAAAUGACAGAUGCCUCUGAGAGCAGCUUUGAAACCACAAUGACAUUUUCUGAAGAAGCAGAAUGUGAUAAUCUCAGUGAAAAUCUAGAUUCAGGUUCAGAAGGGAUCUAUCAUUCUUCACCUGUUUAUGAGCCAAAGAAGGCUCGGAGCUACCAGACUGAACUUGCACAGCCUGCUAUUAGUGGAAAAAACACAUUGAUAUGUGCCCCUACAGGAUCUGGAAAAACUUUUGUGGCACUUCUGAUUUGUGAACACCAUUUCCAAAACAUGCCCUCAGGACAAAAGGCAAAAGUUGUCUUUCUUGCAACCAAAGUGCCAGUGUAUGAACAACAGAAAACUGUAUUUAAGGAGUAUUUUGAAAGAAGUGGAUAUUCUGUUCAAGGAAUUAGUGGUGAAACAAUUGCAAAUGUCUCGGUGGAAAGGGUUAUACAGGACAGUGACAUCAUUGUGCUAACACCCCAGAUUCUUGUGAACAGCAUUGAGCAAGGGAUCAUUAGCUCCCUCUCCAUCUUCACUCUGAUGAUAUUUGAUGAGUGCCACAACACUACGGGCAACCACCCUUACAAUGUGUUAAUGACCAGAUACCUGGAACAAAAAUUUGACUCCUCUGCAAACCACCUACCUCAGAUUGUAGGUUUAACUGCUUCUGUUGGAGUUGGUAAUGCCAAGACCGUCAAGGAAACAAUAGAGCACAUCUGUACCCUCUGCUCCUACCUUGACAUACAGGCCAUAUCCACCGUUAGAGAGAACAAACAGGAACUGCAGAGAUUUGGAAGCAAGCCAGAAAUGCAUGUCAGAUGGGUUAAAAUGCGAGUUCAGAAUCACUUUGCAGAUAUCAUCUCAGGUCUGAUGUCCAAGACAGAGGCAUUGAUGAGGAAGAUUUACUCAGUGGAUACUAUCUCCCAUAUCAACAAGAAUGACUUUGGAACACAGAAAUAUGAACAGUGGAUAGUUACCACUCAGAAGAAGUGCAAACUGUUGCAACUGGCAGAUAAGGAGAAGGAGAGCAGCAUUUGUAGAGACCUUUUCAUUUGCACUGAACACCUGCGGAAAUUAAACGAUACUCUCAUCAUCAGUGAGGAUGCUCGCAUUGAAGAUGCUUUAUUGUACCUAACUGAAUUUUUCACAAAUGUCAAAAAUGGACCAUACACAGAAUUAGAGAAGCAACUGACAGCUCAAUUUGAAGAGAAAGAACCAGAACUGACUGCCCUUUCAAAAGAUGAAUCAAAUGAGAAUCCCAAGCUGGAAGAGCUUGCUUGCAUCUUGGAUGAAGCAUACCGCUAUAAUCCACAGACCCGCACUCUUCUCUUUGCUAAGACAAGAGCCUUAGUAGCUGCUUUGAAGAAGUGGAUAGAAGCAAACCCUCUACUUAGCUACAUAACGUCUGAUGUGUUGAUGGGUCGUGGAAGAAGAGAUCAAAAGACAGGUAUGACCCUCCCAAUGCAGAAGAUUAUACUGGAUGCAUUCAAAACAAAGAAAGACAUGAGACUGCUAAUUGCUACAUCUGUUGCUGAUGAAGGCAUUGAUAUUUCUGAGUGCAACCUUGUUGUGCUGUAUGAAUACUUCGGUAAUGUCACCAAAAUGAUCCAAGUCAGAGGUCGUGGAAGGGCAAGAGACAGCAAGUGUAUCCUUGUGACAAGCAAAGCAGAAGUGGUUGAAAACGAGAAAUACAACCGCUAUAAGGAAGAAAUGAUGAAUGAAGCUAUUGAAAAGCUACAGAACUGGGAUGAAAUGACAUUUUCCAGAAAGAUACAAAGCUUACAAAUGAAGGACAAGGUGUUACGAGACUCCAGAAAGAAAGACAGAAGAUGUCAGGUAGUGGAAGGGAAAAGAAAUCUUCUGUGUGGUAAAUGCAAAGCAUAUGCCUGCAGUACAGAUGACAUCAGAGUUAUAAAGGAAUCUCAUCAUACUGUCCUAGGAGAUGCGUUCAAGGAGCGUUACAUAACAAAGCCUCACAGGAAGCCAGUCCAGUUUGAUUGUUUUGAGAAAAAAAGCAAGAUGCAUUGCCAAAAUACUAAUUGCCAGCAUGACUGGGGAAUCACAGUGAAGUAUAAGACAUUCGAUAAUCUACCAGUGAUCAAAAUCAAAAGCUUUGUAGUAGAGAACGUUGAAACCGGGACACAAAUGGAUUUUCAGAAAUGGAGAGACAUAAACUUUGCUUUGAAGAAUUUUGAUGAUGAAUAA